AUGGAAACCAAUUACGUCGAGAACUGGCAGCGGCGAUCAGCCUCGCCGUCAACCUUUACGCUGUGCCAGGGCCGCAACAACCGGCUGUCGCUGCUCAGCAGCAGCAGCAUCCGGUCGUCGGACGCGCGCAGCCUUACCAGGUCCCCGCCGCCGUCUUACGACGGGCUCACCGGCCUACCAAAUUUUGCGUCUGUCGGCGCGGAUUCGGCGCAGCAAGGCGGCGGUGACGAUGUUUCGGCCACUCUGGAUGCGCAUCUGCCGUUGAGCGUCUCUGAUAAGGGCUGGUCGGAGGUCGAGUCCGUCUCGAAGCAGUUCCUGGCUGAGAAUCUUCCUGGAUGGAUCGCCUCGAUGCAGCAGGCAGAAACCGGAGGGGCGGGACAAAAAUUAUCCAAUGCUACCGGCCAACAGCAGAAACCAUUCACCCAGAUGAUCAAGGCCGGCGUGCGCAAAGGCCGCAAGGGACUCGUGCUGCGCCUGCUCAGGCGUACGCUGGACGCGAACGAGAUUGUUGACCUGCGCUUGGACAACGGCGCCAUCCACGAAAAGAGCAUCAGGCGUACUUACGCCGCCCCGACGCUAGAACCAGCGCCGGAGCAGCAGCAGACAGCCGGUGGUGAUGAUGAUGAUGGCCUUGGAGGACCACCGUCAGAGCCUUUGCCGCCUGUCGAGCUCGAGGCCAGGCCGCCGGCUGCCGUCGUCCAUCAGGUGCCAGGCCUCCACGAGGCUCCAGCCGAGCCUGCCGUUUUCGAGUUGCCGACGUCGUCUGCCACGCCUGUGCCUCGUCCUGCGGUUGGUGUGCCGCCGCAGCGGCCUCCUGCCAGGGAUCGUGCAGCGGAUCAGGCGGCCGUGGCAGACCAGGCUGAACGGGAUGACGGCGAUGAAGAUGUCUUCCUGGCGACUUCGCCGACAGAGAGCCUCCUUCGCACCCUCUCCUUUGGACCGGAGGAGGCGUCGGCCUGGUCGGAGCCGGUCAUGGAUACCAGCGACUCGGAUUAUUCGCCGCCGUCGAGUAUUGUCCCUACGCCGACGAAAGGGCUUUCUGUCAGACAUGCGACCCACAGGCUGGUGAAGAGAUCUAGGUCUGGCGGAACGUUCGCCAGUGGGGCUUCUGAGGGAUCGCGGACGUUACCUCUAGACAUGGAAAGCUUGAACCGACGUCUGAUGCAGAGCUCGGUGAAGUCCGAGAAUGAGCAACAAUCACGCAUGGGCUCGGACAAUGCAAGAAAAUCUCUCGAACCACAAGAAACAGCGGAUAGCAGCGGACCAGUCCACCACGAGCAGAAGCAACUGGUUCGCCGGUCAGCGAACGAACACGAGCUUCAAGGGACGCCUAGGCCCCAUUCGGAUCAGAUAAAGGCGGACAGCAUCGCAAUCGGCAAUGAUGUCGCGACUGGUGUGGAUCGUCCGACGAUCUCGACGGCACGGCGGGAGGCAGAUUCGAUGGCGGCAACGAGCCGAAGCGCGCCGAGAUGGGAAGGCGCAAGCACCCAACACGAUUUGCAGAUCCCUGAAGCAUCUGGGAAGCUCGUAAUAUCCACGAACUGCGGCCCCGGGUCCGAUGGCACCACCAACAAUGUACCGAUGGCGUCAGGACCCAUUGCAGUACACACGCCGAUGCAGGUGCGGCAAGAUGAUGUGCGCAGCCAGAUGUCUCCUCAUUUCGAAUCCAACGGUCCCAUGCACGAGCUCAGGGAUGCGAGCCAGGGUUCGUUUGACGGAUCUGUCACAUUGCCCACGCUGAACCUGUCCGAGCCCGACAGCCCGGGUGGCAGCCUGUGGUUGCCGUCCAAUAUCGAAAUCAGGCCAUUGCCAGAAAAACGAAGCCCGGUGCACAGCUUCUUGUCGCACGCAACCAAGGCUACACUGGCACAGCUGGGCCGCGUGGCAGCAGGCCUGUACGACGCCUACGGGCCCGAGAAGCCAGUGCCGAAGGAUCACGUCCGCGUCCGCUGGACCUGCACAUGCGGAAAAGAGCUCUACGAUGACUUCAUCGAGCGCCGCCGGGGUGCUGCACGCGAGCUGGAAGCAUACCUCAACAGACCGCGUGCCCAUGCGUCGCCGAGCAGCCCGUCACACAGCGCCCACAGCAGCUUCUCCGAGCCCAGCCAGGUUUUCAGCAACAACCCAUCCUUGGCUCCUUCCCCGGCCACGACAUGGGGAUCUCUCGGCGGCGGGGAUGUGUCGCCCUCGAACUACAGCCCGACGGCGCUCCGAAGCAACAAUCCCUUCUCCGUCCGCGUCAGCACGCUCCCGCCCACGCGGUGGCUCUUGACCUGUGCGGAUGAGGGCGAGUUCACCACCAAGCUGUCGCACGUCGACGUGACCGAGACGAAGAUCCGGUCCGACCGGGAUCUCGCCAUGGCGGUGCGCAGCCUGUACUCGCACGUCAACCGCAAGUGGUGGCGGAUCCUGCGCCUGCGCGGCCUGACGAGCAUCGAUUUCGUGCAGUUCGAAGUCCACCGCAACCGCGUCGUCGACAUCCGCAAAUGCCCGGACAUGCCUCCGGUCUCCUCUUCCAAACAAGCGGCACACGGCAACCCGGUCUACGACUUCGAGCCGCACGACCUGGUGCCGCCGGUGGGGACGCAGUACCUGAUGCACCUGUUCGCGCACCCGGAGGACUACGACAACGAGUUCGUGACGUACGCGCGCGCGCCCAAGCGCCGCGGCGCCCGCCUCGACGUCGGCGUCGGCUGGGGCAUCAACCUCGUCGAGGGCUUCCUCGCCGACCGCGUGUGGCUGCUCGUCAUGCUGUUCUUCGUGCUCGGCAGCUCCGUGUUUGCGGUCGUGUGGGCGUGCAAGAGGGGCGAUGAUGUGCAGGGCGCGUUUGGGGUGGCGGGUUGGAUGCUCACGUUGGCGGCGCUGGUGGUGGGGUGGGCGCAGGCGUCGUUGGGGUGA